UGAUGCAUUGAAUAUAAAAGAAAAAUGGGUGAAAAACGAGUCGAUUAAUGUAAUUAAAUACUUAUAUCAAGAUGAUAAUGAAAAUCUCACCUCUCGCGGCUUCUAGAACGUUCAGUGGCAGCUCCCCAGCGCUCAAUCCCAACUCAAUCAAUCGCUUCACCAAAUCUCCAAUUCGCCAGAUCUCCAAUUUGUCCUGUGGUUUUCAGAAGGGUUUCAGAAGCGGAGUUGUGGCCAUGGCUGCUACCGAUUCAGUGCAGAAAUCGGAGGAGGAGUGGCGCGCGAUCCUCUCGCCGGAGCAGUUUCGUAUUCUACGGCUCAAGGGCACUGAGUUUCCUGGUACUGGUAAAUAUGACAAGCUAUUUGCGGAGGGCGUAUACGAAUGUGCAGGAUGUGGAACUCCCCUCUACAAGUCGACAACCAAAUUCAACUCCCACUGCGGUUGGCCUGCCUUUUACGAGGGACUCCCUGGGGCCAUAAACCGAACUCCUGAUCCUGAUGGACAUAGGAUAGAGAUCACGUGCGCAGCCUGCGGUGGACACCUUGGCCACGUCUUCAAAGGAGAAGGCUUCCGUACACCCACGGAUGAACGCCAUUGCGUUAACAGUGUAUCGCUCAAGUUCACUCCGGGAAAUUCCGAGCCGUCUUCGCAGUGAGUUGAGUACGAGCUUUGGGCUUCAAUUUGAAUGUGAUAGUAUUGUUGUGUGUAUUGCCUGAUAAUAGAACUUCUUUACCAUCACUAUCAAUUGCUGUAUUAAAUAAGCUGUUAUCGCAGAUUUUGAUAUGCAUA